AUGACUGCAAGGAUGAAGGGUCAUGACUCUCUGGAAAGCCUGGAAAAUGGUUCCUCUGAAGUACAGAGAGAAAACAGUACGUGUUCAAAAGUGAACUGUGACUUCCGCAUCAAAGUCCAGUGGGUCAAGUUCGAGUUGUACCUGUCAAGUUCAGUCUUUAUAGUUGGCCACACUGACUUUCACAGGGCUAAAAAUCUCACUGCAUACAUUUUGCACUGCUCCACUGCUGACCGUUACAUGAUUAAGGCAGUGGAAUGGCAAUGUGAUGAAGCUACUAAAAGAGCCUGCUACAGCAAAGGCAAAUCAAAGGAGGAGUGCCAAAACUACAUUCGAGUACUUCUUGUUGGAGGCAACCAUCUCUUUACCUGUGGAACCAACGCAUUCACUCCUAUCUGCACCAAUCGGACGUUAAGUAACUUGACAGAGAUACACGAUCAAAUCAGUGGCAUGGCUCGUUGUCCUUACAGCCCUCAGCACAACUCCACUGCUCUUCUGACUUCCAGUGGGGAAUUAUAUGCUGCUACAGCCAUGGAUUUUCCAGGAAGGGAUCCUGCCAUCUAUCGCAGCCUGGGGGCCCUUCCUCCUCUCCGCACUGCCCAGUACAACUCCAAGUGGUUGAAUGAGCCAAAUUUUGUGUCAUCUUAUGACAUCGGGAACUUUACCUACUUCUUCUUCCGGGAGAAUGCAGUGGAACAUGACUGUGGGAAAACAGUCUUCUCUCGUGCUGCUCGGGUGUGCAAAAAUGAUAUUGGUGGCAAGUUCGUGCUGGAGGAUACCUGGACAACCUUCAUGAAAGCUCGGCUGAACUGCUCUCGUCCUGGAGAAAUUCCAUUUUACUAUAAUGAACUACAGAGCACUUUCUUCCUCCCAGAAUUGGACUUGAUCUAUGGGAUUUUUACCACUAAUGUGAACAGCAUUGCAGCCUCAGCAGUUUGUGUUUUCAACCUGAGUGCCAUAACUCAGGCCUUUAAUGGACCCUUCAAAUACCAGGAAAACUCUCGUUCUGCUUGGCUUCCAUAUCCCAAUCCUAACCCUAACUUUCAGUGUGGCACCAUGGACCAGGGUUUGUAUGUAAAUCUGACUGAGAGGAAUCUGCAAGAUGCUCAAAAAUUCUUCUUAAUGCAUGAGGUCGUUCAACCAGUUGUUCCAAUUCCUUACUUCAUGGAAGACAAUAGCCGAUUUUCCCAUGUGGUUGUGGAUGUCGUGCAGGGCAAGGACAUGCUUUUCCAUAUCAUCUAUCUUGCCACAGACUAUGGUACUAUUAAGAAAGUACUUGCCCCAAUGAACCAGACUUCCAGCAGCUGCCUGCUUGAGGAAAUUGAACUCCUACCAAAAAGUCAACGAGAGCCCAUCAGAAGCCUUCAGAUCCUGCACAGCCAGAGUGUCCUUUUUGUGGGCCUUCAGGAACAUGUGAUUAAGGUCCCUCUGAAGAGAUGCCCCUUUUACAAAACAUACAGUUCGUGCAUUGGAUCCCAAGACCCUUACUGUGGCUGGGACAUGGUGAUGAAGAAGUGUACAACUCUGGAAGAAAGUCUGAGCAUGAGUCAAUGGGAGCAAAGCAUUACUGUGUGUCCAAUGAGGAAUCUGACAGUGGAUGGGCAUUUUGGAACAUGGUCUCAGUGGAAACCUUGCACCCACACCGACGGUGCCAGUGUUGGCUCCUGCCUCUGCAGGACACGUGUGUGUGACAGUCCUGCUCCCCAGUGCGGAGGUUGGCUGUGUGAAGGACCAACCAUGGAGAUUGCCAACUGUUCCAGAAAUGGAGGCUGGACACCAUGGACUUCUUGGUCACCUUGUAGUACCACUUGUGGAAUAGGCUUUCAAGUUCGUCAGCGUUCCUGCAGCAAUCCAACCCCUCGACAUGGAGGACGUGUCUGUGUGGGACAGAAUCGUGAGGAGAGGUACUGCAAUGAGCAUUUGUUGUGCCCCCCUCAUGUGUUUUGGACAGGCUGGGGUCCAUGGGAACGCUGCACUGCACAGUGUGGAGGAGGGAUCCAGGCACGGCGUAGGACUUGUGAAAAUGGUCCUGACUGUCCUGGCUGCAGUGUGGAAUAUCAGCCUUGUAAUACCAAUGCCUGUCCAGAAUUAAAAAAGACAACUCCUUGGACGCCUUGGACCCCAGUCAAUAUUUCAGACAAUGGUGGCCACUAUGAACAGCGUUUCCGAUACACCUGCAAAGCGCGCUUGCCUGACCCAAAUUUGCUAGAAGUUGGAAGGCAAAGGAUUGAAAUGCGCUACUGUUCCAGCGAUGGCACCAGUGGAUGCUUGACAGAUGGAUUGUCAGGGGAUUUCUUGCGUUCUGGACGAUACUCUGCUCAUACCAUCAAUGGUGCCUGGUCACCCUGGUCUCCAUGGUCUCAGUGCAGUCGUGACUGCAGUAGAGGUAUACGGAAUCGCAAGCGGGUCUGCAGCAAUCCUGAGCCCAAGUACGGGGGACUCCCUUGCCUCGGCCCAUCGCUAGAGUACCAGGAAUGCAACAUUUUGCCUUGUCCAGUGGAUGGAGGCUGGUCUUGUUGGUCAUCUUGGUCAAAGUGCUCAGCAACUUGUGGAGGAGGGCAUUACAUGAGAACUCGCUCCUGUACAAAUCCAGCACCAGCAUAUGGAGGAGACAUCUGCCUUGGACUGCACACUGAAGAAGCACUCUGCAACACACAGCCGUGUCCAGACAGCUGGUCUGAGUGGUCUGAGUGGUCCGAGUGUGACUCGUCCGGCCUCCAGUUCCGUGUUCGUCAGUGCAUCAUUUUGUUUCCCGUGGGCAGCCAGUGCACGGGCAACACAACGGAGAGCCGAGCCUGUGCUUUGGACUCCAAUGUUAUACCAGUCAUCCUUCCACCUGUCAGCAUAGAAGAAAAACGAUGUGGCGAGUUCAACAUGUUCCACAUGAUCGCUGUGGGAUUAAGUAGCUCAAUACUUGGUUGCCUUCUUACUCUGCUUGUUUACACUUAUUGCCAACGAUAUCAACAACAGUCCCAUGAUGCAACUGUCAUCCACCCAGUGUCACCCGCUCCUCUAAAUACCAGCAUUACCAACCAUAUCAACAAACUGGACAAAUAUGAUUCUGUAGAAGCCAUCAAGGCAUUUAACAAAAACAACCUGAUUCUGGAGGAAAGAAACAAAUACUUCAAUCCACAUCUUACUGCAAAAACUUAUUCUAAUACCUAUUUUACAGAUUUCAACAAUUAUGAUGAGUACUAAUGAGCUAGUGUAUUUUCUGGCCUCCUGUAACUCCCCAGUCCCCAAGGCCUGUGCUACUUGACUGCUCAUGUGAUUGAGGCUUCAGAGAUGAAGUUCAGAGACAUUUCAAGCACGAUCCAAGCCAUCAAUGUCCCAUUGCUGCCAAAAGCCCAGAACACCUGUUUGUGACAUGAUGUUUUCUUUGCAGAGUGCAAGGUUGGCCUUCAGUGUCAGGUGCAGUUAUAGCCCCUUGGUGUUGCUGGACCACUCAUGAGGAUUGCAUCACUUCACUCAGUUUCAUAAACUUCCAGUCAGAUUUCUCUAACAAGUGACUAAGUAAUUCCUAAGCUUUUUUUAAAAAAAGUAAUGUUACCCCUUAAAGCUGCGCCAGGAGUACAAAUCUAAUUUUCUUUCCAAGCAUUGUCUUUUAUUUUC